CUGUUUGACAUGUCAGCUCCUUCAUUUCCUUCCUCCCCUACAUGCGUGUGUCUUUCAAUGUAGCUAUUGUCUCUGGGUGCGGUUUCAUCAAACACUAUUUAACCCAGCCAGUUUUGCGUUUUUCUGCCGCAAAUUUGUUGUUAUACGCUCGGAUUUACGCGCAUUUUUAUUUAUUGCCGUUCAUACCUUCCGCGAAACGUUUCCUCUAAUCAAGGGUAUUGGCUGAGGAGCAGUAAACCAACUUGGUCUUUUCUUGCCAGUCUAUCCCAGUUCGUCCAUCCAGAAGGAAUAAGUCGAGGAAUUAGGAGAGCAGCAACUGGUUUGAGUAGUAUACCCUCCACACGGACACAACAACAGGUUAUUAUCAGCUACCCCGCACAAUGGAAGCCAUAGCGAAGUACGAUUUUAAAGCGACUGCAGAUGAUGAACUAAGUUUCAAGCGUGGAGAGGUACUGAAGGUUUUAAAUGAAGAAUGUGACCAAAACUGGUACAAGGCGGAGGUGAACGGAAGAGAGGGCUUCAUCCCCAAGAAUUAUAUUGAAAUGAAGCCACAUCCGUGGUUUUACGGAAAGAUCCCGCGGGCAAAGGCCGAGGAGAUGCUUAACAAACAGCGACAGGAUGGGGCCUUCCUCAUCAGAGAGAGCGAGAGCACUCCGGGGGACUUUUCCCUUUCCGUGAAGUUUGGCAAUGACGUGCAGCACUUCAAGGUCCUGCGGGACGGCGCUGGGAAGUACUUCCUGUGGGUGGUCAAGUUCAACUCGCUCAACUCCCUGGUGGAGUACCACCGCACCAGCUCCGUCUCCAGGAAUCAGACCAUCUUCCUCAAAGACAUCGAGCAGGUCCCACAGCAUUGCUCGUAUGUGCAAGCACUGUUCGACUUCGACCCUCAGGAGGACGGCGAGCUGGGCUUCCGCCGAGGGGCUCUCAUCCAAGUGCUGGACAACUCUGACCCCAACUGGUGGAAAGGGGCGUACCACGGCCAGACGGGAAUGUUCCCACGCAACUAUGUCGCGCCUGUCAAUCAGAACAUGUAAGACAUCGACACAACCCAACGGACUGGACCCCCACCUCGCACCGCACCGUUCCGCGCGCCACGCUGGCCCUAGAACCAAAACAAACUUCUGUGGGGUUGCCGUGGAAACGGUCGGGGGGAAGGGAGGAUCAGGACUGACUGACCGUUGCUCUGCGGGUUGCCGGGACUCUGCUGUGGCGGAGAGAGGAGGCGUUGGCGGUGCGGCGCGGCGCUGGCGCGAGCGUUUGCCAGGGCCGGCGCUGGAGCCCGAGGGGGAGGAGGCACUGGGGGCACGCCUCCUCCGGCUGCUCCCGCUUCACCUCCUCAUCGCACUCCUCCCGCCAUCUUCUCCUGUGAUAUCAAAUGCUGUUUCAACGACAUCUUUUUUUUUAUUUUUAAGUAGUUCUAGUCGUCUUACAGAAACCAGGAUUUGAUCUGGAUCUGUUUUGUCUGUCUCGUUUCCAUCAAGUAAUUGGGCUUCAUAUUGAACUCCAGGGGACAACAAUCAAUUUCUGAGUAAAAAUCUCCAUGUGUUAGAGGCUGUAUGUCCUACGUGCAUCUGUGUCUGUAGUUUUGGUCCAAGUGGGAACUUUAAGUGACAUGACAUGACCUGAUGCCCUGAUCCCAGGUGAUGUCAAAGCCAGAGAGUAUGCUUGCUUUAAAAAUCCAUGUAUGUCUUGAAACCCUAUACAAAAUGUGGCCAAUACAGAACACUCUAAGGAGGAGUUGAUUGUACAGAUGCUCACUAAAAUGUACUUGGCCUCUAAACAUUAAGAUUUCACCUCGACUUUUUUCCUUACUGAAUGGCUUUGUCAUUUUGACUUUGUAAUAAUGAAUUAUGUUGAUGUGACGUUCAAUCAUGAAACCCUACGAUGUUGAGUCUUGCCUGUAAUUAACCCAUGUACUUCAGCCUGUCGUAUGUUAUUGGAUGAGUGGCUCAUGUUCAUUGCUCCAGUCUUUUCUGGAGACCUUUGGCUCGGCUGUGCUUUCUCAGUGCCUUUCCAGCUUACUGUCAGCAAGAUAAUCAUGACUCAGAACUGGUCUAUGUGAGAAACACACAGUCUAAUGCAAGCAAAUGGACGGGAAUGUUUACUCGAGACUACAAAGAGUUGGUCAGCAUUACAAAAAAAAAAAAAAAAAAAUUCUUGUGAAAUCCAUUUCAGCGCAAGGAGUUGGUGGUGCAGGGGGCCAUGGCCACGUGUAUGAUGAUGCUGGUAUUUAACUUGAAGAGAAAUAAAUGUAGACAAUA